GGAAACGGUUGGAGAGCGAGAGAGUACGCAGAGUGUGAGGAAUAGAGGGAGAGAAUGAGAGAGAGAGAAAGAGCAUCAUUCGCGGCGUAGAGGCGCAGAAGAAGAGAGGGGAAGAAGUCGGCAUCGAGGAGAGAGAGUCGAGAUGGUGGAAGAGGUAGUAUGCGAGCUAGCACGGUAUAGAGGGGAUGGCAGAGAAGGCUUGGAAAGCAGGGAGAGAGAGCAGUGCCUUGGCGCGAGCCCGAGGAUUCGAACGAAACUCCGAAAUUCCAACCGACAGAACAGUACCGACGGUCAUACGACGCGGUUCUGGAGAGUGUGUGAAUAGAUUAGAGUGAAAGAGAGAGAAAGAGGGAGAGGGAGAGAGAAGGAGUGAACGAGUGGCGGAAGGGAGGGGCGAGGAGUAAAAGGAGGGAGAUACACGAGGUUGAGGACGAUCUCCCAGCUAUUUACAAUCGCAGUUCGAAGGAUAAACCAACCAACCGUUCGUCUCUUGCCCGCGUGUUGCACACACACGAGCGCACACACAUACUCGUUUCAUCUUUUCCAGAUUUCGAUGAAUUUCGAUGAUAGUACGAAAUUCUCGAUGCUCCGUAUCUAUUUAUCGUGACCGUGCGACGUGAUCGAACGACCGUGCGGUACUAUUACUGCUGCUAUUUUAGCAUGAACAAAAAAGUGAAACCGUGAAGAUAAUGGACGUAUUAUUGUAUCAGUGAAGAGAGUGAAAAGUGAUCGAUCGUGAUAUGACCAAUGAUUCGAGGACGAGGAGUUACGAUUGUUAUCGUUGGACCGUGUGAAUUCGAUCUUCGAGGAAUCAUCGAUAAUUACCGUAGUAUCGGGGACGAGUGAUCGGGGACGAAAUCGAACGAUCGCGGACCUAAACGAUGUAAAUCGUACGCGUACUAUUUAUUUUUUUUUUUUUCCGUUCUUUUAUUUUCCUUCGAUCGAAAGUGAAUUUCCUGUACGAGUAUUUCCUCCGCCGAGAAGAUUCUCAACAUUCGGAGACGGACAGCGUCGGUGGACGCGCACUGGAACUGAAAGGGGGAAGCCGGUUCGUGAUCGCGUCUUGGAACAAGCAUCGAAGCUAAUACGAUUGUCGUAGUGGUGGUGGUGGUGGUGGUGGUGGUUGCGGUGGUGGUCGUCGUCUUUGUCGUCGUCAGCGUAUCGUCGAGGCGAGGACGACGAUGCCGCACACAGUGAUACGAUCGGAGUCGCACCAGCUGGAGCGAUCGAGAUUGAUCUCGACCUUCUUCUUACCUGGCGUACGUGUCAACAUAUGAUAAAUGUAGAACACGCUGUACUCCGCUUUUUUUCCUUUUUCUUUCUUUUCUUUUCGUUCGGCCUCCCACUCUCGUAAAAAAAAACCGUCCUCCCUGCAAAAGUGCUUUGCUCGCUAGCUCACGUGACUCCUGUUUUCGCGCGUCUUCUUUCUCGAGUCAUCAUCGUCCAUGUGCGGACCGCGAGGAAACCUGUAUCGACGCUCGUCGACGGUUGAAAGGAGGGAGACGCGAGACGUCGCGACUUGACGACGCGUUUCUAAGCCACGUUCGACCACCUCGUUCGACCAUCUCUUUUCCAGCGUUAAUAAUAAUAAAAGAUCGAGAAAGUGAACGACGAGAGAACGAAAUACCGCGAUAUCAGGAGAACAGACUGUUAUCAGAACUUGGCGCGCGCGCGAGCGCGUGUACGCGCGCGUGUUGUGCUAUAUGUAUGUGUAUAUAUAUUUAUGUAUAUGUUUAUAUAUAUAUAUAUAUAUAUACACGGCAUUUUCGAUUCAGUGAAACACGGUGUGGUACACGGACAGUGCGCGGUCCACCGAUAGAGAGAGAGAGAGAGGGGGGAAGAGGGGGGAGGGAAAGAGAGUGAGAGUGAGAGUGAGAGAGAAACAAAGACGAAGCUUUCUUAUUCGGAAAACGAAAGAAAGAAAAGCGUCUGAAAGCGACACGAAAGCGCAUGGAGUAGAGGAACGAGGGACAAUAUGAGUGAAAUGACGAGUGUCGAACAACAACAGCAACAACAACAACAAUACGUAGGUGGCAGUUCUAAUCCGGAGCAUCAUUGCAAGGAUUGCGGUCUUUAUUUCGAAAGCGACAAAAGUCUGGAAGUGCACCUGCGAUACCAUCAGGAGAACCUGCUAAGUCAGUGGGCGAACCAGGCGCAGCAAGAGGAGAGUAACAACAACAACAGUAAGGCUGGUAAUCAUAAUAGUCACGUGGGUGUUAAACGCGAUAGCGUGACCGCACCGGCGGACUCGAGCGAAUCUUCCUCGAGACCGCCCUCCCAAGAUCCUACGUCUUCUCAACAACCGACGCAACAACAGCAGCAGCAGCAGCAGCAGCAACAACAGCAGCAGCAGCAGCAGCAGCAACAAACUCACCACCAACAACAACAGACCUCUGGUCCGAGUUAUAAUCAUUUUCAAACGCCGAUGUUCGGCGAGACGAAUUACUUUAUGCAGAACGAUCAGGCCUACAUCUUGCCCCAUCCCCAUUACGCAUCACCGCCCAGAGAGGAUACGCAAAACAGUGGUGGGGGUGGGGGCAGUGGCGGUGGAAGUUAUUCGCGUUACCAUCCGUACCAACAUCAACAACAUUUUCAACCGGAACGCACCAGUUCCGUAAGUUCCACCAGCCCGAGGAGCCCCCCUCUGCAAUGUGACAAGUGCGGUGCGGUGUACGAGGACGCGAAUCAAUUGGGUGAACACGUGAGGACAAGCCAUUCCAACUCGCCCGCCUCGUAUCCCGGACAACAUCAACAAUAUCAACAGUUGGGUAAUAGUCCUCAGCAACAAAAUCAAGCACAAAUGCAUCCGUCGCCACCGCAGCCCAACCAACAGCAGCAGCAGCAACAACAAUCGGGUUACGAUUACAACGGUGGGCAACCAGUGAAAUUGGACGUGAAGCAAGAACCGGACGAACAGGCAGAAAUUCUCGAUUUGGAUUCGCACAAGGUGCAGACUCACAGAUACGAGGAAGAGUUGAUGAGACUUCAUCAGCAACAGCAACAGGAGUUGCACAUGCAGAUGCAUCAGCAGCAGGUGAUGCAUCAACAGCAUCAGCAGCAGCAACGCAGCGGAUCGCAUUCGGUGAGUUCCAUGCUGGGUUGGCCAACGGCCGCGCAAUCCCACGAUUAUCACGGGUUGUCGUCGAUGGGUCCGAUGGAAGGCGUCUCGCCGCUCUCCGAUCAGAGUCAAUUCAUACGGGGGCAACACAUGGGCGUGGAACCACCGCGGCAUCCGGGGUCCCCCAUUAUCACGAGCACGCAACCGAUGCCGGGCCACCAGAUACCCGGCGGUCUAUUGCAACAACCGCCCAAACCCCCCCCUUUGGCCAAUCAAUCGUGGAAAAGUAACGAGGCGCGGCGGCCAAAGACCUACAACUGCACCGCGUGCAACAAGUGGUUCACCAGCUCGGGCCAUCUGAAGAGGCACUACAACACCACGUUGCACAAGAACGCGGUGAAACAGAGCAAUCAACCGGACCCGGCCAACUUGCCGAUCAGCGCUCAUCACCACCCUGGUAGGGACACCCAUUCCGGUGGCAGGACCGGAGGACCGCCAUCUAGAUCGCCGGAGUUAUCCUCUUCCGGGAGUCCCCCAAACUUGAUGGCAGGUCCCUCGGGCGAGGCGGCGAGGGGCCUGCUCCACACGCCCACCAGUCUCUACAGCAACAGCAGCAACAACAACAAUUCCAACAACAGCAGCAGCAGCAGCAGCAGCGAAUCUGCGGCGGCGGCGGCGGCGGCGGCGGUUCUAACCCAACAAUCGGGUUCGGCGGUGCACUUGGGCUCAACAAUGGUACCGCCGCUCAAUUCUCCGGUCCAAUCCCCGUUGGCGGGCCACCAUCAGCAACAAAUGGGUUCCCCGUCCUCUCAGCUGGGCCAUCAGCAGCAGCAGCAACUUCAUCACCUGCCAAUGGGUUCGCCGUCGGGCCACCAACUUCCGGCCCACCAUCCCAUGACUUCUCCCAUAUCGCCCAUGCAUCCACCGCCGGCACCCCACCUGAAUUCCCCUUCGCCAAUGGGCUCGUCCCACCCGCACCACCACAUGAGUUCUCCAUCUCCCAUAACGCCGGCCUCGGUCCACCCAGCAAUGGCUUCGCCCACAGCGAUGGGGGGUACUACGAUGCCUCAUCAGCCGUACCCAAACGCCUUGCCCCCCCACGUUAUAACUACUACCAACAUCCCGGGCCUGCUGGAGUCUAUCACCAUCCAGCUAACUACUACUGGUAAUGAGAUGGACGAGUUACCGCUCUCCGGCCAGUCUCAACACCAGCACGAGCAACAUCACCAGCAGCAACACAACCAACAGUUGCAGCAGCAGCAGCAGCAACAGCAACAGAAUCAUCAUCACCAGCAGCAGCAAUCUCAGGAUGUUUUACCCGGUUUCGGGACCUUUAGCAAUCAUCAAAGGCCCCUUCCGAGCUUCACUCAGUUCAACGUGACCGGGUUUCUGAUCGGCCAAAAUCAAGCGCAGGCCGUUAACGUGGGGGGGCUGAAUUCGGAGGAGAACGUGUCUCCUCAGGAACGAUCGUUCGAAUCGCCCGAAUCGAAUUUCAUCCCGUAUAGAACCUCGACGCCUCGAUACGAAUCCUUGGCCAAUAUGGAUUCGCAAGCGGUGGACAUGCAACCGAACACGGACGGUAUGAUCAUCAAACAGUACCAAUUUCAAACCCAUCAUCAUUUGCCGCACUCGCUUCACCAGCCCCGGGACCAUCACGAGGCGAACAACAAUCUGCCGAGCAAUAACUCGAUGAUUCAAGGGAAGGAGGAGUUGAAUCCGAACGUCGGCAGACAAUUCGAGAAGAGCAGCUCGUACAAAACGAAGGGCGGUACCGUGAUCACCAAGGAACAUCAGGUGACCAGUACCAACACCGGCUCGCACUACAUUUCCCAGGACGGCUUUCACAAGUGCAUCGAAUGCGACAAGGUAUUCAACAAGGCUUGCUACCUGACGCAACACAACAAGAGCUUCCACUCUGGUGACAAGCCGUUCAAAUGCAAUCAGUGCGGUAAGAGGUUCCCCCUCGAGUACCUGCACGCGGAGCACCUGCAGAAGCACGCCGGUGACAAGCCGUACAAGUGCGAGAUAUGUCCCAAACAGUUCAACCACAAAACUGACCUUAGGCGGCAUUUGUGCCUCCACACCGGCGAAAAGCCGUACGCCUGUGAUAAUUGCGGCAAGGGAUUCAUCAGGAAGGACCACAUGAUGAAGCACCUCGAGACGCACAAAAAGAAAAACAACCACAACGUCCAUCUUAGGGCGUGAUUCGAGAGCAAUUUCAAACGUCGAGCAUCGUGGACGGACCCCGUUACCCGAUGAUCUUCGCCCCCGUCGUCGUCGUCGUCGUCUUCGUCGUCGUCGUCGCUAUCGAUCGGAAAAAGGUGAGAUCAUCGAACCACGACAGGCUCCACAAUCGUGCGUGAUACAACGAGAAACCGUUCCAUCGUUGCGAUUUCUCCAAUCCUUCCAUCGUGUUUAAAUUCGAUCGGAGACACUCGAUCCGGGAUUCGAGUUCACAUCCGUUCGACCGUGAUCAAAUUUUUUAAUUUAUCCUCGUAGAUUUUUUCGAUUCUUUUUUCUUUUUUUUUUUCUUUUAUUUUCUUUUCUUUUUUUUUUUUUCCUUUCUUUUUCCCCUUCCGGAUAUCGACCAAACAAUCGUACAUACUCGUGCGUUAUUUGAUUCGACGAGAGAAACGAGAUCUGUUCGUUGUGCCGUUGUUCCUCAAUCUUACCGUUUUUUCUUUUUUUUUUUUUUUCUUUUUAUUUUUUAAUAUCUUGUUCGUAUACACAGAUAAUGAUAUCGUCGGGUAUACGAUAAGAUCUUACAGAGUCCCUUUUCGAGUGACAACGGUACUCGUCGAAAGGAUAUUGAUUUUUCUUUUGCUCAAUUUAUUUCUUCUCGAAUCGGGAUAGAGAUUUACCACGUUUCAACGCAUGAACGUUGGUACAAUGGAUUCGUAAGAAAGAUAGAUGGCGAAAUUUUCGCGUUUUGCAUUAUCGAGAUUAAUUGAAAAAAAUAUCUAAAAUUUCAAAAAAAAAAAUAAAAGAAAGAAUAAAGCAUGGAACGUUGCGAUACACGGAGUCGAUCGUGAAAUAAUCGACCAGAGAUUUGUUCUCUCACCGAUUGCUCGACUCGUUGGAUCGCUGUUUCCACUCUGACAAAAUGGAGUCCGGUAAGCAUGUUUUCGAACUUACGAUUCUCUCGAGAAAAGUCGAGUAUUCUCAAAUGAUAAUUGCGAAAGUGAAAAAAGAAGAAGAAGAAGAAGAAGAAGAAGAAGAAGAAGAAGAUAAAAAGAAAAAAAAAUAGAAAAGAAACGCGCAAUGGAGAUUUCUGAUGCGACGUCGAACCUUCGAAGCUUAUCAAUUGUACAAAAUAUGUUAAAUGUAUAGGCGUACAAUUAAUCUAUAAUUAUUAUUAUCACUGUAAUUAUUGAAUUUAAUUGAAUAUCGUUUAGAAAGUGAUUACGAAACUUAUACAUAAUACUCGUAUUUUAUAGCGCAUAUAGCAUACUUUUAUGAAAGGAGAGAAAAAAAGUAAAAUGAUCGAUAAAUACAUGUUCGCGAAAAGACGCGACGAUGAGAAACGUAAGCAAUUUUCACGAGUCCACCAGUGAAAAUUAUUCACCGAUCGAUAUUUUAAUCGUUGUUCAUUCGAUUUGUACUUCUUUUACAUUCUUUUAUUUUUAUUUUUAUUUUUUUUUACCGAGAAAUUUCUUUAUUUAGCUAAAAAGCGAUCGAGAGAAUGUAAAAGAUUUUUUGUUCACCAUUCUAUGAGAAGUCUCUGCGUUUAACUUUGUUUCUCGCUGCAUUUUUUUUUCUUCCGUUUUUUAACAUUCCUCUUAUUUUCGCAUACAUUCCAAUUUGACGACGUGAACAAUUAUCAUUGGGGAUUCGUUUUCGCGACACCAUCGCGUCUUUUCAAUUUUUCUAAAACGUUAAGAUAUAAUAUAUCUUAUAAUAAUAAGUUUCAAAUUGUACGUUGCCCGGAAUGAAUCUUGCUCGUGUCGUUCCGUUAUAGUGAAAUGCAAAUUGUUUUACUUGCAAUUCUGACUAGAUAUUUUCGAACAAAUCCUUUCGUUAUAUGUACAUGUAUUAUAAUAAUAUAUACAUAUAUAUAUACACACACACACACACAUAUAUAUGUAUGUAUGUAUUAUUUAUAAUAUCUUGCGAACAAAAGAGAUAUUCUCGUUUUUUUUAUUUCACAAAAUUUUAUAGCAUCAUAGCAAGAUUUCUACGAAUGACUCGACCACGGUAUUUCGUAUUUCUUCGAUUAUUAAAUCGUGGCGAAAUUUUGUGGAGCGUGCCGCCUCUAAUUGCGCGGUACCCGUCGCAUACGAUCAAUUAAUCCUCGAUUAAUUGCUCGUGGAGCGCAAAACGAGCCAAUCACCGAGGAUAGGAUCGAGUCUCUUCUCUCUCGCGACACGAGCGAAUUUCCCUUCGAGCUACGCACAGCUCGUUACACUUACACGUACACGUCACACAAAUCAUACAUAUGCACGUGUAUAUGUAUAUGUAUAUGUAUAUAUAUAUAUAUAUAUAUAUAUACAUAUAUAUACAUAUAUAUGUAUGUAUAUACAGAUACACGAUACGACGAAUAAAUAACGACCUCGCCAUAACGAAAUUUACGUCGUGUUUACGCGUAAUUAUUUCUGUUGAUCAUCGCUUAAUCGAUCGCCGGAUUCGAUCUUAGGCAACUCUAAUAGUUGAUCGUAUACCGUUACGUAUUUAAAUUUCGUUCUCUUGUUCCCGAUUGUUAUUGUUACGAGAACGAUAUUAUAUUACAUUUUCUAUUUCCUUUUUCUCUCGUGUUUCUCUAGAUCAUUGAUAGAAUCAUUUCGGUUCAUAAUAAUUUGUUUCUUCCUCCCAUACUGAACUGCUGUAUCGUUAUUCGUAUACAGGAUAAUUACAUACGUAUAUUAUUCGGAGAUCGAAGGAGAUCGAAAAAGAAAAUUAGAAGGAUCGAAUGGAGAAAUGAAUAUUUUCCUAUCAUCAGUUAAACAUUCGAGAAUUUCGUAGCGUUUAAGUAUACAGUAUUAUUUUUAUCGUUGUUACUUUAAUUCGUCAGAAUUCGAGUAUCCUCGCGUCGAUUCUGUUUCUCGCAGUAUACGAUUUGUUUCGUAUAGAAAUUAAAUUUUGCUCGCUCGGAGACUCGAUCGCUGUCACUUACACGUACAUACAAUACACGCACACAUGAACACAGAAUAUUCAUAAAUAUACACUAUGACGUCCUUUUGCCAGUUUUCAUUUUGUAGGUAUUUCGUAUUUAAUGAAAAAGAAAAGAAAAAGAAAAAAAAAUUGACGAAGAAAUAAUAAAGUGGAAGCGAGAGAAAAAAAAGACGAUAAAUUAUAUAGCACUCUUGCCAUUUUUACUACGUAAUAUGACACCCAGAACAGACUACCUCAGAGUUCAGGAAUUUAACGAUGAAUGAAAGAAAGAAAGAAAGAAAAGAUGAAAGAGCCAAUGCAAUAAUAAUAAUGUUAUUAAAGAAAUGAAAUGUAGCUGAACGCGCCAUCCGUGCGGGCGGAACGACGUACUAACUUCUUAGUUUUCUCCUACGUUUUUCACCUUGAAUCUGAAAAAUAAGUAAUUUCUAUUAUGUUAAAUUAACGUCGAUAAUAGAAAAUUCUUAUUCGUGAUUUAUUAUAAUUUAUAUAUAUAUAUAUACAUAAUUCUCGAAUUGGCCAGUAAUAAUAUCAACAACGACGUAACAAAUUGCAGAAGAAUCUCUUUCUUCUUUUGCCGCAAAGUUCCUCGAGUCGCCCGCCGAUCGUAUGAGCGCGUUAAUAGAGCAUUAUACAUAUAGAUUCUAAUAUAAACGAGAUAAAGGGGAGCGAGAAGAGAGAUAGGGGCAAAAAAUAGGAGACGAAGAGGAAGAUUUAGUAGAGAUCAAUGUACGUUUUUAGAGACAUAUCAAACAGUAUUACUGUACACUCAGUUUUAUUAUAAAUAUAAAGUUGAAAGAAAAAGGGAGAAGGAAUGGGAAGGGAGGAAUGAAGUCGAGAGAGAUGGAUACGAUGAGAACGCGUUGGUGAAAUUAUUAGAUCGUGAUCGAGUUAUUACUAUACAUAUUUCCGAUGUCAUAUCAUUGUAUUCGUAUUGCGAAUGUGUUUCAGCGAAAUGAUAAAUAAAUAAAUGCGUUUAAGUACAGGCGUGAUAUAAAGAAUAAGAGAGAUUAACGAUGAGAAGAAUAAAGAAAAGAGAUGAAACAGUUUUCCAAUUUUUGUUUUUUUUCUUUUUUUUUUUUUUUUUGUUUGUCUAAUAAUAAGCGAUAAACGGACAAAAAGCGAUAAAGAGAAAGGAUAAAAUAAAUCGUAACGAAAUCUAACAUAAUGGGCAUUUAUCGAUAAAAUACGAAUAUAAUAUGACGAUUUUUUGAGGCGACGACGAAAUGAUGAAGUAAAUUUUUGUAAAUUUGUUUUUAAACGACGAAACGCGUUUCUCUUCUUUUUAUUAUUAUUACUAUUAUAUUGUAUUACUAUUAAUAUUAUUAUUAUUAUUAUUAUUAUUAUUAUUAUUAUUAUUAUUAUUAUUAUUAUUAUUAUUAUUAAAAAAGAAUGCGCGUCGUUUGUAUUUUAUAUUCGAUCCGCGAAUUUAGGUACGUUUUAUAGAUAUGUUUGUAAUUAUAAAAUAAUUGUUCCGGCACGCAAAGUGCAAAAUUAUUAUAUCUAUAUUAUAUAUAUAUAUAUGCAUAUAUAUAUAAAUAUAAUAUAUAUAUAUAUGUAUAUACAUAUACAUACAGUACCAAAAUGUCGUUGGUUGUGCCAAAAAAAAAAAAAUGGAAAAAAGGAAGAAAGACGAAAUGUAGAUCCUUGUGUGCUUCCCCUCACGUGUGAUUCUAAUUUUGCGGGCAUUUCACUGAAGAAGAAGAAGAGAAAAAUAAAUUAAAGGAAAGAAAAUUUAAAAAAAAAGAAAGAGUUAUAUGAAAUAAUAAAGAAAAAAAAAGAGAGAGAAAGAAAGGAUUAUUAAAUAAGAAUUCACCAGCGAGAAUGGGAGCGCGUAUAAGUGAUGAACAGCGGGAAAGGUACAGGAUGCGUGUGCGUGCGUGAGAGACGAUGAUCAAAUGGAAGAGAGGAAGCGGAGUAUAGAGAAAGAAAGAAAGGGAAAGCGAAAAGAAUUCUCUUAUCCGAUAAUAACCAGGCAUUUCCGUACAUACCUAUUCCUCGUUUUGUGCCAUAAUAAACGUACUUCAAUAAAAAUUGUAAGCGGUGGUUAAAAUAGGUGAAAGAAAAAAAAAGGAGAAAGAAAGAGAGAAGAAUGUCGCGUACAAGUACGUAUCCGUGUGCUUCAUGUGUUAUACGUGUGUACUCGUGUCUUGCUCGCUCGUAUGCAAAGUGUAUAAAAGAAAGAGAUAGAGAGAUAGAGUGAGCGAGCGAGCGAGCGAGCGAGUGAGGUUUAUAUGCUAUAUGUAUGUAUAUACACAUAUAUAUGUAUAUAUGUAUAUAUCUGUAUGUGUAUAUAUAUAUAGAAAUAUUACGUGCGAUGGAUAGAGCGGAAAAGAGAGAGGAAAAACCGAGAAUGGGAAUAAUCGUGCGACGAUGCAUGGCCGUUCGAAAAGGAUUGCGAGCAAAAAGUACGACGUGAAAGCGAAAAUGUCGAGGCAUAGUAGUAGUAGUAGUAGGCGUACGACGCGCCUCGAACGUGUGACGAAACGCGAUUUCUGUUCCUCCUUUUUUUUUCUUUUAUUUUCUACACGCUUUUCUUUCUCCUAUUUUGCGAUAACAACCAAUGUCUAAGACGUAAGACGGAAUAUAGCUAGACAGAAAUGUUAGGAAUAUAAAAUACAGAAAGAAAGAAAGAGAGAGAGAGAGAGAAAGAGAGAGAGAGAGAGAGAGAAUUUGUGAAAACGAAGAAAAAUAUAAUUAACGACUUGUAUUAUUUUAUACGCGUUUAAUUUUGUUUUUAUAAAUAUAUUUUAUUUCUGAACAUA